GCCGGAAUAAUGGAAGAGAUGCUCGACGAAACAUUAGAGGGACUAGAUGAAGACCCAGAAUUGGAGGAAGAGGCAGAAGAAGAGGUCGACAAGGUUCUCUACGAAAUCACAGACGGCAAACUAGGAGUAGCAGGCGCUGGAAAGGAGCUUCCUAGCCUUAAUGACCAAGAGGAGGAAGUCAACGACCAGGAAAUGGCCCGAAUGCAAGAGAAAUUAAACAUCUACUCGGCUAAAUGGGAGAACUUGAACUCGGCCAUAUCUACGGCUCUGAAUAUAACCUUCAUGCUUGCUACUCGUCCAUUUGCCAACCUUACUAGGGGUGUCCUACACCAGCUGCUUUUGCAGGAAAGAAGGAUUCAAAUGUAUGGAUUCGAGAAACUGAAUGCGGUGAAUGCUAACUUUGCCAGGGAAAGGAUCGGUCCUGAAAUCAGCCAGUCUGUAAAAGACAUUUACACGGCCGCUAAGGUUCCCAUCCAAUGGGAAGAAGUAGAUGUCACCCCAAUUCUUGUCAAUGGAAAAACAGCUAUCCCGAAGGAAGCCAUUGACUCUGUAAAGAGGAACACCGUCGCUUUGAAAGGGCCACUGGCAACUCCAAUUGGAAAGGGCCAUGUUUCCUUGAAUCUUACCCUCCGCAGGACAUUUAACCUCUUCGCUAAUGUUCGACCGUGUUUGUCCAUCCCUGGUUUCAAGACCGCUUACGAUAAUGUCAACACCGUACUUAUUCGCGAGAACACAGAAGGAGAGUAUUCGGGUAUCGAGCACGAGGUCGUCGAUGGAGUAGUCCAAUCCAUUAAACUCAUCACAUGGGAUGCUUCUGAACGUGUGGCGAGAUACGCUUUCAACUACGCACAAAGUCAAAAUCGCAACAGGGUCACGGCUGUACACAAAGCCAAUAUCAUGAAAAUGUCGGAUGGCAUGUUCUUGAGCGCUUGCCGACAGGUUGCGAAAGAAUACCCUAAUAUUAAGUACGACGAAGACUUAUUGGAUCGAGUCUGCCUUCAAGUUGUCACAAACCCCGGCCCUUUCUCUGAUCGAGUGAUGGUCAUGCCUAACCUCUAUGGAGAUAUUCUAUCUGACAUGUGUGCCGGUCUCAUCGGAGGCCUUGGCUUGACCCCUUCAGGCAAUAUUGGCAAGGAUGCUUCGAUCUUUGAAGCCGUUCACGGAUCUGCUCCUGAUAUUGCCGGUAAAGGUUUGGCCAACCCGACAGCCCUUCUUCUGUCAUCCAUCAUGAUGUUAAGGCAUAUGAACCUCGGUGACUACGCAUCCAGGAUUGAAAAGGCCGCCCUUGAU